UCCUACUAAUCUCUGGUCGCAAUAGUCGCAAUAAAAAUCAUACGGACACUAUACAGUCCAAUGUCAAUUAAAUACAGUAGUAUAAAUAUACUGUUACUCAGGAACUACAAUAGAUUUUCUUCGAUUUCAUUUUACAUUAGAUUAGUCUGAUAGGUACGUGAAGACACCCACACCUAGUGCUAGUGGCAUCGUUUUAAUAAGAAGAGGAGGAGAGUCAGAACUCAAAAUUAAUCAUCAUAAAUAAUAAUAAUCACCAUUGUCCAGUCGGUUUACUUACAAAAUUCCAGGAGAAGCGUGCACACACUUGACACAGCAUGAGCAUGAUUUGCAAUACGCUUGCGUGCACAUGCGCGCACACUUUCGUCUCGCUCGUCUGGCCCUAACCUACCGGCAGGACCUGGACCUCCAAAAUGUUUUUCGAAGAAAAUACAUACCUAGCCUCUCUCGGAGCUAAAAAAGUGUUGAAAGAAAAAAAAAUACACUCUGAAGUAUACUUACGCAAGGAAGCCUUGUUCCAGUCGAAGAGUGCGUGCUCGUGUAUAUUUUUAUAAGAAGGACGCAUAGAGAGCGCCUGUGUCUCUUUUUGUGGGAGGGGGUUCUUGUCUUUUUUUUUCUCUUCGUUCCUCUCUCUACUUUGGUAGUUGGUACUUGGUACCUUGGUACCUACUCGCCGAGAGGUUGGUUUUAGUUUGUGUGCAACUGUGUAGUGUGCAGUGUUCACUGCGUAACGUCAGUAACUAACGUAUUGGGUCAGAGAUUGGGUUUUGCACACCCAUAGUCCUGGAGAGAAGCAUGACGACCUCCUCGACGAGCUAAGUAGAGCGUCGUCCAUCAAUCGAGAAAGAAAAAUCGCGUAUCAUCGUGGUCGUCUUCGUUUUCUUCGCCAGUUCCCUACUCCUCCCGCACCGCUGCAAGAGGGGGCCCAACGAUCGUCCGUGAUUCUACGUCCCCGAUGUUGGUCGCAGGACUAGCUCGUGAAUGCGGACGACGAUCAUACGAGCAGCACCAAACGAAGAAUCGGGGCACUUGCUGCUGCUUUUGGAAGCGGCAGCAACAAAUUUUGUUGCUACUCUCAUCAUUUUUAUCCUCAAAGGACGGCGCUGAGUCGACGUCGACGAUUCUGAAUAACAAUAGCAUCAAGUUACGACACGCACAUCGGAGCUGGGUUAAACUACGUCCUCGUAGCGCCGAAGAGAGCGGCGGAGGAGGAGGAGGAAGAGGUAGCAACAACGACUUCCUCGACGUUGAGGAGGAAACUCGUUGUUCUUACCGGGGGAAGAGUGAAAGCAGUGAAACAGUGAAAGUGUUGGAGGAGAACGACGACGAAAAGUCAGUCGGCAACCCAUCAAAAAAGUGGUGGAGGACAAUUCGUGCUCAGCGAAGAAAGCUUCAAACCUGUUUGAAGCUUUCGAGGCCGGAUUCAUGGAACUAUGAACCUGGACUCGUUGUCUUUUACUUUGUCGCAAAUCUCAUUCUUGGUUGCGAGCCUGAAUAGGAAGAAUUUUCGGGACAGCUGCGAGGAGAUAACGGACCUGGUAAGAUUGGGUGGCGUGGAAGCAGACCGUCACUUGUUGCGCUGCUUGUUUUCACAAAUCGACUUCUCAACCGGAGAAGCACAAGACCAGAAUUCACCGGAUUACUGUCGAGUGCAGCUGUUGAAACAGGAGUGCUUCAAGCUAUCAAGCAAGCCAUCAUUCAUUUCAAACAUUUGCUUUGCCAUCGAUUAUCCCUUCAAUCGUAAAAAUAGGGUCUUCCCGCCCCCGAAAUUUUUUCAAAACAUCCGCCGAGUGCUCGGGCUGACGCUAGUCCAGGACGUUUUGAUAGCUCUAUCGCUCCAGCACUCGCAAUACUCGGACGUAGCGGCGCGAGCGCUCGAGCACAUCCAGAAACAGCUGCCCGAGCUCGUCAAGAAUUACGUCGACGCAAACGACACCAAGAACGCUGGUGCCAACGAGGAAGGCCUGCACGACGCUACGCCCGAGGUUCUGCACCAAUUGCUUACCUGCAUAUUCGAGGAGGGCAGUAAGAUCAGCUUGAACGCCGAGACCAAGGGAAAAUUUCUCAAGUACCUGAGACGCGAUUUUCCUCGCGAGGUGGUGCCAAUCGUUCUCGCUCCGCUGCUCUACCCGGGCAGCGAGGAGGAUACUCAGCAGCCCGUGCAAUUUAACAUGGCUGCCAAUCAAUUGGACAAUACCAAUUACGCAGAACUGAUAAUGGAACUUGGCUACGGCUUCACUAGUAGCGUAGAAGAAUGCCGGAAGAGCCUGACGAAUUUCGGUGGCCGGGAUCUGACAGCUCGAUGCGUUGCCAGGAUAUUGGCCUACAUGGCCCGCACCUCGAGUGGCAUCGAGGAGAAUGCGCUGGGACUGCACUCCUUCUGGGAGAACUCGACGAGUGGUCAGGAUAGCAAGGAUAAGGCACCAGAUGGGGCUACCAGUUGGAACGUUGAAGUCUUUGUAAAAGCUGUUACGGAAGUUAACUCAUCGAUCUUGUGGCCAGAAGUAAUCGCCAAACUGGACCACCCAGAGUUUGUAAUCAAAGACCGACAAGGCCUCGCUCUACUCAUCGCAGGCUUGCGCCUUGGACUACAAGCUCAAAGUUACAUGCCCGAGUUUCCUAUUGAAUUGUUCUACCGUCAUUGGGAGAACGUGAAAGGCCAGUUUUCCCUCGUCCAUCAAAUACUCAAGUGUCCAGAUGUAUUUUGCUUCUCAGAUCACGCUUACCAUUCUGUCUCAAUUGAUAUGCUCAAAGCAGCACCCGACAUCGAUAGCAAAGAAGCCCAAACCUGGCGCUCGGUCAACGUUGUUGAUCUUUUUAUUUAUCUGGCUGAUCGCGGGCUUGUUAAUCAUGUACAGGAAAUCUUCAAGUGGCCCAUGCAACACUGCCCGGAUGUACUUGUGCUUGCUUUACUACAGAGUAAUGCCCCUAUUGCAGGAUUCAGACAAGAAUUGUUAUCAGCCCUAAUGCCAAUAUUUCUGGGCAACCAUCCCAACAGUGCAGUAAUACUGCACUAUUCUUGGCACAACAACAACACCAAACUGAGAAACAUAAUAAUGCACUCUAUGGCCGAAUGGUAUCUCCGUGGUGAUCAUGAUCAGACCCGUCUCUCCCGCAUUCUUGACGUUGCCCAAGAUCUUAAGGCUUUAUCGAACCUUUUGAACGCUCAAUCUUUCGCCUUUGUCAUUGAUCUCGCUUGUUUAGCCUCACGUCGUGAGUACUUAAAAUUGGAGAAAUGGCUAACCGACAAAAUACGUGAUCAUGGUGAAGCUUUUGUUGCUGCGUGUAUAAAAUUUUUGCAACGGCGAUGCCCUCAAGUCUUGGGUGGAGCUAUCAAGGAUGACGUUAGUGUUCCCAAAGCUACCCAAUUGCCAACAGAAACACUGACAACGAUAUUACACUGUCUGCAAACUUGUAUUGGGAGCGUAACUCAAGAAUGUGCUGACGCAAUAUUAUCCAUGGUACAAAAUUGCAGUCUAAUGCUAAGCAAACAGGGAGCUAUUGGUAGGCUACCACCACCUGUCAUGAGACACAGAGCCAUCGACACUUUCAGUCCGUUGGGUGGACAGCUUUUCCCAACCAAGCAAGUCGACUCUCUGUCAAAUCUAAACUCCAGCCUAGCGUCGAUAAGCCUAAACUCGAACCUUGGUCCGCCUAGCAAUUCUGCCUUCAACCUUCCAGCAACGUUAGGUCCACUGGUAUCCACUCCAGGCUCACCGUCACGCCUGAUAGGAUCGACCUCGACGCCGUUCCCAGUGAUGCCAUUGCCAUCGCAGUUGCACUCGGGCCCGGUGGGUACUCAAGGUUCCUCGGCUGUGAUUCCAGGCCACGUUAACGCUAUCGGUGGCUUGAACCGACUAGCCCCGCCAACGGCUAUCGAGAAGUCGCGCAUGCAAGAAACCGCCAAUCUAUUUCCUGAAGCAACUGGAACGCUCACUAAAGAAAUCGAAGACGAAGCUAACAGCUAUUUCCAACGUAUAUACAAUCAUCCGCCCCAUCCGACUCUGUCGAUCGACGAAGUGCUCGAUAUGCUAAAGAAAUUCCAGGAUUCAACAAACAGGCGCGAGCGCGACGUUUAUGGCUGCAUGUUGCGUAAUCUCUUCGAAGAGUAUCGCUUUUUUCCCCAGUACCCUGAUAAAGAGCUGCACAUCACCGCUCAACUGUUCGGCGGUAUAAUCGAACGUGGCCUCGUCAAUAGUUACAUAACUUUGGGACUGGCUUUGAGAUUCGUUCUAGAAGCACUACGCAAGCCGGAAGGCAAUAAAAUGUACUACUUUGGCAUUGCUGCCCUUGAUCGCUUCAAGACCCGACUCAAGGAUUAUAUGACGUAUUGCGAGCACGUCCGUAGUAUACCGCACUUUAGCGAGUUCCCACCUCACCUGAUGGAGUACGUCGAAUACGGUCUGAACGGCCAAGAGCCUCCUUCACGGCCACAGGGUCCGGUGAUACCAAAAUCUCUGAACGCCAUGCUUGCGCCUGUUACGACGCUUUAUAAGACUGUCACGACCACGACGAUCACCACGACGACGACCCAGUCCAAGCCAUCGACCACGCCAACGAGCUCCAUAGCUACGGCUCGACCAUCGAUCGCCAACGCCACGAAUAUCGAUACUUUGCUGGUUGCCACGGAUAAGGAGGAAAAGAUUACAUCACCUCCUGAAACUAUGCAGGACAAAACAGCAUUUAUCUUUAACAAUUUAAGCCAGCUGAAUCUGCAACAAAAGUGCGACGAGAUCAAGGACCUGGUUUCGGAGGAUUACUGGCCCUGGAUGGCACAAUACUUGGUCAUGAAGCGUGCCAGUAUAGAAUUGAACUUCCAUGCUCUCUAUUCAAAUUUUUUGGACUGCUUGAAAGUUUCCGACGUCAACAAAAUGGUCACAAGAGAAACAUUCAGAAACAUCCGAGUACUCCUGCGCAGUGAUAAGGGUAUAGCCAAUUUCUCUGACCGGUCUCUGUUAAAGAAUCUUGGUCAUUGGUUGGGUAUGCUCACGUUGGGUCGAAACAAGCCAAUUCUUCAGCUCGACAUCGAUCUAAAAUCACUGCUCGUUGAGGCUUACUGCAAGGGUCAACAGGAGUUACUCUACGUAGUUCCGUUCGUAGCCAAAGUUUUAGAAAGCUGUGCCAAAAGUCGCGUUUUUCGACCUCCGAAUCCUUGGACAAUGGCCAUCAUGAACGUGCUGGCUGAACUUCAUCAAGAACCCGAUCUCAAGCUCAAUCUUAAAUUUGAAAUCGAAGUGCUCUGCAAAAAUCUUAGUAUCGAUGUGGCAGAUCUCAAGCCGGCAAUAUAUCUGAAAGAUCCGGAAAAAUUGGCCAACAUCGAGUACCAAUUAUCUCAACCGAUCAAGAAAGCCAACGAAGUUUCCAAUAAUUCUACAAGUCAGCAACAAACGCAACAACCGCAACAGGGACAGGUGGAGGAUCUCAUUGGUCCGACUCCUAGUAUACCUCAAGUGCAACAGCAGCAGCAGCAGCAACAGCAACAACAGCAACAACAACAACAACAGCAGCAACAACAACAACAGCAGCAACAACAACAACAACAACAACAGCAGCAGCAACAGCAGCAGCAGCAGCAGCAGCAACAACAGCAAGUUGCGCCAAUUGCCAAUACGACUCCAUCAUUACCCACUGGACCACCAGAACCACGUUUCAGUUACAUGGACAUUCAAGUAACGAACAUCAACAGUAUCGCUCAACACAUCACCAUCAAUAGUACCUUGCCGUUAUUCGUGGCUCAGCCUCAGCUGAAACAAUUCGUACGCCAGGCGGUCGAACGGGCAAUCCAAGAGUGGAUUCAUCCCGUCGUCGAUCGCUCGAUCAAGAUUGCUAUCACCACUACCGAGCAGACCGUUAAGAAGGACUUUGCCCUGGACCACGACGAAAACAAAAUGCGAUCAGCCGCGAGGCACAUGGUUCGCAACCUGACGGCCGGUAUGGCCAUGAUCACCUCCCGUGACCAGAUACUUCAAUCUAUCAGCUCGAACCUCAAAAAUGCUUUCGUCAUGUCCGUUAUGCCGCAACAGAAGGAAGUGGCCGAGCAGACGGCAAACAUCGUUGCUGCUGAGAACAUGGAACUGGCUUGCGCCUUCAUCCAAAAAACUGCGAUCGAAAAGGCCAUACCGGAGAUGGAAAAGCGAUUGCACAACGAGUACGAGGUACGCAAGAUCGCUCGCCAGGAAGGCCGUCGCUACAUAGACGCAGUAGCGAAGUACCAAGCCGAGCGAAUGCCCGAGCAGAUCAGGCUCAAGGUCGGCGGUGUCACUCCACAGCAGAUGGCCGUAUACGAGGAAUUCGCACGCAACAUACCAGGCUUUUUGCCACUGUCGGAGCGCGAGGUCCAAGCCCUGUUCACGCCCAAAAACAUCGUGGAGCAGCCCGCGAUACAGCCAUUUGCCGUGAACGCACCCGCCCCGAUGAGCAUUGCCACGGCUCAGCAGGUGGCUUACACUACGGCGGUCAGCAACGACGAAGUCGGCUCUAUGCUCGAGAAGCUCGGUAGCGAAGUAGAAAUACUGCUAACCACAGCUGCCCCGACCAUCACGCCGCAACACCAGGCGGCACUCCACAGCGUUCUUGAAUCACUGAUCAUGACACGCCGCUCGCGCGAUGUCAACGUCGCCAUGGGACUGCUCAAGAAGGCUGUCGAAGGCUUGUUGAACGUGGCAACUCUUACUCUGGAUAGCAGUAGCAUCGACUCCGAGAUUGUGCUUCGAUACAAGGAACUUCAUCUGAGGAUACUCAAGUGUCUGCAAGACCCGAGGGCUUACGGCAUGCAGUGGACGAACAAAAACAUCACGAGAUUCGUCGUCGAGUACAGAGACGAGUACAAGUACAAUUUCGACGUUGUCGACUGUCUUAUCAGAUCUCACCUAUUGAACCUACAACAGUACGACACGGCGUUGGCUCAGGCAAUGGAAGUUGGCAGCGUUAUGGCUGUGGCUUUUGCGAUACAAUUGGUCCAAGUGUAUCUAAUCGACGAGAGACAAACGAUUCACGUAACCGAAUCCGAUCUCUAUGGUACCAUUGAAAUUCUUGCGAGAAUGGCAAUGCAUAGAACUCCGCCGGAAGGAAUAUCACUCUUCAGACUGACUUCGCUGAUUGAAUCAUUAAGAGUAAAUCACGAUCCUCCAGUGCUCACCGACAGACCACCCGCAGGUCCAACUGCUCACAUUCAUUCUGGAAUCCUGCAAGUCAGGGCGAGGGACAAUUACGAAGAUCCGCCUGGUUUACUCGAAAAGACCGAGUUUCUCCUCCGCGAAUGGGUAUCCAUGUACCACAAUCCACAAAACUCGCGAGACCCGACCAAAGCUUUCAGCCACUUUGUCCACCAAAUGAACAUCCAGGGUAUCUUGAAAACGGACGAGCUAAUAACGCGCUUUUUCAAACUGAGCACGCAAAUGUGUGUUGACCAUUGUUACCGUGCUCUCGUCGAUGCCAAUCCAAACGUCAAUACCAACAUGGGAGUAACAAGAGCCAAGUGCUUCCACACGCUCGAUGCCUUCGUGCGACUGGUAGCUUUGCUAGUUAAACACUCGGGAGACCAGAGCAACACGCACACGAAGAUCAAUUUGCUGAACAAGGUGCUGGGCAUCGUCGCCGGUGUUCUGUUGCAAGACCACGAGAUGCGUGGCCCCGAUUUUCAGCAACUACCCUACCAUCGUAUCUUUAUAAUGCUGUUUCUUGAGCUGUGCGCACCAGAGCCCGUGCUGGAGGCACUCAACUUCCAGGUUCUCACUGCAUUCUGCCAUACUCUGCACAUACUGAGACCGGCCAAGGCACCCGGGUUCUGCUAUGCUUGGUUGGAGCUUGUCUCCCAUCGCGUCUUUAUUGGACGUAUGCUCGUGAUAACUCCGCAACAACGCUGCUGGGGUAUUUACGCCCAGCUACUCAUUGAUCUCUUCAAGUACCUCGCCCCGUACCUUCGUAACGCCGAGCUGGCAAAGCCGGUAACACUACUCUACAAAGGUACGCUUCGUGUCCUGCUGGUACUACUCCACGAUUUCCCAGAGUUCCUUUGCGACUACCAUUACGGUUUUUGCGACGUCAUACCGCCAAACUGCAUCCAAAUGCGUAACCUCAUCUUGAGCGCGUUCCCGCGUAACAUGCGUCUACCCGAUCCUUUCACGCCUAAUCUCAAGGUCGACAUGCUCCAGGAGAUAGCUCAUGCUCCUCGCGUGCUCACAAAUUAUGCCUCGCUCAUACAGCCCGCCUCGUUCAAGAAGGAAUUGGACUCGUACCUCAAAGCCCGAGCUCCGGUCACCUUCCUGAGCGAUCUUCGUACAAAUCUUCAGGUGUCACAGGAGCCAGGUAUGCGUUACAACAUACAGUUGAUGAAUGCGCUCGUUUUGUACGUGGGCACCCAAGCGAUCGCCUUCAUUCGCAGCAAAGGGUUGACACCUAGCAUGUCGACGAUCGCCCACUCAGCGCACAUGGACAUCUUCCAGAACUUGGCCGUUGAUUUAGACACCGAGGGUCGUUAUCUUUUCUUGAACGCAAUAGCCAACCAACUGCGCUAUCCCAACAGUCACACCCACUACUUUAGCUGCACGCUGCUCUAUCUCUUCUCGGAGGCGAACACCGAAGCCAUCCAGGAGCAAAUAACUCGCGUUUUACUCGAACGUCUCAUUGUAAAUAGACCACAUCCUUGGGGUUUGCUCAUCACGUUCAUUGAACUGAUAAAAAACUCGAGUUACAAGUUUUGGGACCAUGAAUUUGUGCACUGCGCUCAUGAAAUUGAAAAAUUGUUCGAAUCGGUUGCACGCUCGUGCAUGGUUCCAAAGCAGGUACAGCCGACUUCCGACAAUGAAAUUCCUGAGUGAUGAAGGCGUCACCAGUUGUCAAACUAUCAAGAUUGGGCGUGUAUAGCUUGUAGCGAGAUAGACGCGAGUGUAUAAAAAAAUUGUUAAACUCUAGAUGUACCAUACAUUUUAUAAUUUACUAUCAUAAUGAAUCUUACAUUGAUAAUAUUGUAUACAUAUAUAAAUAAACAUGGUAAUUUUUAAGCCAAGGUAAGUAGAGUCAAUAUAACAAAUGAUUGAUAUGUAAAACUGGCAACGAAACUCUUAAGUCUCUUAAAAAUCUUGUAUUUCUGAAUGGACAAUUUUAAAGAAUAGAUAUUCUUUGAAAAUGCGACGAUGUGAACGAUGAUAAUUUCAGCUCUUUUUUUAAGUUUUAUUUGAAAAUCAAGAUGCAAACUGAUAUUAAUUGUAAUAAUAGUCAUGUGUAUAAUGUAAUACUUGAAAAAGAUGAUUGCAAAGAGCAACAACUAAAGGGUAUAUGUAUAUACAUAUUUAUGUAUACAUAUAUAAAUAUACAUAAACUUUUUUUGAUUCUUUGAAACAAAAAAAGGUACCUACCUUUUGUAAUAUUGUACAAAUGAUGAAAGAUGUUUUCAAUGAGUUUACGCCUGUAACGCGAUUAGAAAUAAGCGUGUAUGUAAAGAAUAUCUAAAACGAGUGAGAUUUGUCAAACAAAUGAAGUUUCUAUUUAUGUUGUUUACUGUACACAAGUAAUUGCCCAAUCAAGUGAUAAGUAAAUGGACUUGUAGCUCUUAAGAUUUUUGAAACUAGAUACUUAAUCAAUAAAGCUUUUUCUUUUCAUAAAAAUAAAAACCAA